GGGAGAGACGCUUCCUCUCCGUCGCUCUGCUCAGACGAAUCCUUCGAAAAGACAUGGAGUCUCACGAUCCAAAUUUAACCUGCGCCAUAUGUCUGGAAUGCUUCCAUGUUCCGGUAACCAUCCCCUGUGGCCACACAUUCUGUGAACACUGCAUCAGCACUCACUGGGACACCUUGAGGGAGUCGAAAAUUGGUCCAAAGUGUCCCAUCUGCAACGCAGAGUUUACCACCAGGCCGAGUCUGAACCGAAACACGUCCCUGUCGGUCCUCACUGAGGCUGCAAACAGCCCUGCCUCCUCGUGCAGAGAGCCUCGGGUGAAGGUGGGCGUGCUGCUGUGCGUUCGCCACAAAAAGCCUCUGGUUUAUUACUGCAGGCAGGACAAAAUGUCUGUGUGCUGCCAGUGUGGCAUUGAAGAGUGCACGGACCACAAGAAGGUCUUGUUGGAGGAAGAGCGGGACUCUCAGGAGCUGCUGCUGCUAAAAAAGAGUAAAGAAGUGGAGAAGCUGCUUGAAGAGACGCAGAGAAGCAUACAUGACUUGGCUGAGAAUAUCAAUCACGCUCAGGUGACCUUUGAGCAGACUUCGUCCUGGAUGAGGGUCAAAUUCUCCACCAUGAUAAAAACCCUGAGUGAGAAGCAGGAGGCAGCGGAGCUGUUCAUCUCGGAGCAAAGGGAGGCGUCCAUCGCGGAGGCAGAGGAGCGGCUCGUCCAACUCAAACUUCGCUCUCAGAAACUCGCUGAGAGCCGAGCUCUGAUGGCAGAUCUACAUAAACUCUCAGACACGGAGCUCAUCAGGGAAUCGACUGUUGUACAAGUUCCCCGUUUCACAGACAUCGCCACAGACGUCUCCCCGAACGUGCAGGAUCGACUAAACUGCAUCACCGAUGUCCUGUCUCGGGUCUCGAAGCUGGUGCUUGAGGACCUGGAGAAGGCUGUGAGCGCCGCUGUGGGGCCAGAUAAAGACGGUUCUCCGGGCUCCCCUCAGGAUAAGAGGCCAGUUCUAGCUGUGGUUCCCAAUCCUGCUGCUCCAAGCCACCGUGGUAGAAGCGAAGGCCUCGGUGCUUAUCGGUGCUCACUGACCUUUGACCCUCGAACAGCCAAUGAACACCUGGUUCUGUCCCAGGAGAAUCGGAGGGCGGAGCACCUGACCUCUGGACCUCAGCCCGUACCUGCACACGAAGCUCGCUUCGAUCACACCUGGCAGGUGCUCUGCUUGCCCGGGUUCACUGGGGGACAGCACUACUGGGAGCUGGAGGUGUCCAAACCCUGGGCCUACCUCGGGGUGACCUACGAGAGCAUCCCCCGGAAGGAGAAGGGCAGGAGGUGCAUGGUGGGUAUGAAUGAGCUGUCCUGGAGCCUGCAGCUGGACGAGCACCAGCUGAGUGCCUGGCACAACGGACAGCGGGAGAUGCUGACCGGGCCCUCCCAUCACAGCCGCAUCGGCAUGCUGCUGAACUACGAGGCCGGGACGCUCACUUACUACGGAGACGGACAGACACGACUCCACACCUUCCACUGCAUCUUCACCCGGGAACUGUUCCCCGCCUGCUGGAUAGGAGAGGGCGUCAGCGUUAUGCUCUGCUCCAUAUGAGCAGGUGUGGAAAACUCCACUGUCCAUUUCUGAACUUUUGACUUUAUAUUUUCCUCUGUAAAGCUACACUUUGUAGGAACGUAGACCGACUGGUAAACAGAGCGCUUUGACUUACAGCUCAGCUCUCUUCACCACAACGGACCGGCACAGAGUCUGCAAUACUACAGAUGUUGCACCAAUCCGUUUGUCAAUCUCACGCUCCAUUCUUCCCUCACUCAUGAACAAAA